AAGAUGACAAGCCGAAAGUCUCCAAAGUGUUUUGUGUUGAUGAGGUGGCUGUCAUGCCGUUUAGGUCUCCUUCAAAAACAUCCCGAUAAAUAGAGAAACUCCAGUAAUUCCGUCAUGGCCGUCUCUAAAGUCACCUUCAAGAUCACCCUCACGUCGGAUCCCAAGCUGCCCUUCAAAGUAUUGAGUGUUCCCGAAUCAACUCCCUUCACGGCGGUGCUGAAGUUCGCCGCGGAGGAAUUCAAGGUGCCGCCGGCCACCAGCGCCAUCAUCACGGACGACGGCAUCGGCAUUAGUCCGGCGCAAACGGCGGGAACGGUUUUCCUGAAGCACGGCUCGGAAUUGCGCCUCAUUCCGCGGGAUCGCGUGGGCAGGAGAAGAGUCUAAGAGUGUUCAAGGGUG